CGAUUUAAGGAGCAGCAAGAAGUUGUUUUUCUUGCACAAACAAUAACCAUUUCACAUUGUGUUGUUUCUCUUUUUUCCCUGCACGUAACUAUUCAACAAAAAACCUCAAGCUGAAAAGCAUCAUUGGAGGGGCGGGGCUUGUUCGAGAUGGCAGUAGCAGCUUAUGCAACUUUGCGUUCCCUCUUACAUGUCCUUAACAAUCUCCAGCAUCCUGCUCGUCUCCGUCAGCUUCAUGUCGACACAAAUCAAAUUCAGGGCCUACAGGAGACUGUUAAGUUCUUGCUUGACUUUCUCGAAGCUCAUUCCCAAAGAAUAAGUGAAGAAAUUGGAGUUCUGGGGAGGCAAAUUGCUGAUGCUGCUGCAGAAGCAGAAGAAGUUGUUGAUCGCCAUGUAGUGGAUCAGCUUCGCUUCAGAUCUCAAGAAGAAAGUCAUUGUAUGGAAGCCCUGUCAUCUUUCUCUCAAGAUAUAGACAAAGUAACUGUUAAGUUAGAUUCCCUCACAAAGGAGUUGACGAAGAUGGUGAAAGAAGGAAGGGCAGCUGACGCCCAAGAAGAGCAGUGCAUAGUGUCUGUUCCUGUCAAAUCACCAAAAGUGCUUCCUUCGGGUGGCAAGAAGACUACUAUGGUGGGAUUCGAUGAACACUUGGAACAAAUAGUGGAUAAGCUCACCAGAGGUGAACCUGAUCUCCAUAUCCUCCCCAUUGUAGGGAUGGGUGGCAUUGGUAAGACUACUUUAGCUCAAAAUAUUUUUGAUCAUCCAUAUACAGUUCACUACUUUCCUAAACGAAUUUGGUUUACAAUAUCUCAAGAAUAUAAUGUACGGGAACUUCUUUCAUCCCUUCUUGAAAAUGGAAAAAAGCAAGAGAGUAAUGAAACUUCGGCCGAAUUAGGACAACGAUUGUACCAAAGUUUAUUCGGGGAAAGAUAUUUGAUAGUUAUGGAUGAUGUAUGGAGUGUAGAGGCUUGGAAUGAUUUAAAGUUGUUCUUUCCAAAUAAAGGAAAAGGAAGUCGAGUUAUGCUGACUACUAGGGAGUCAAGGCUGGCGAUUUCUUUAGGCUCUCUAGAACCUUAUUCAUUAGAUUUUCUAAAUGAGGAAAAAAGUUGGAAUUUGUUUUGUCAAGAAACCUUUGCACAAAAAGAUUGUCCUUAUUCGGAUUUGGAGGAAAUUGGUAAGAACAUUGCAAAGAGUUGCAAUGGACUUCCGCUAACAAUUGUUGUCCUCGGUGGGCUGCUUGCAAACUCCAACAAGACACGGGAAUAUUGGGAGUCUGUCGCAAAAAAUGUAAGCACUUUUCGUAAUUCAAAAGAUUACGAGGGAUGUCUAAAGAUAUUGUCUUUGAGCUAUAACAAUUUGCCCGUUCAUCUUAAACCAUGCUUUCUCUAUAUGGGUGUUUUUCCUGAAGAUUCUGAGAUUCGUGUUUCCAAACUAAUCAGAUUAUGGAUUGCUGAAGGAUUUCUAAAACCAAUAAGAGGUAAAAGCUUGGAAGAGGUAGCAGAGAAAUACUUAAGAGACCUUAUUGGUAGAAAUCUAUUUUUGAGUCUUAAAUUUGGGUUUGAUGGAAAAAUAAAAAAAUGUGGAAUCCAUGAUCUUCUGCGAGAUUUAUGUUUGAGAGAAUACGAAAAAGAACAUUUCAUUUAUGCCCCAAAAGUGCAAUGUGUUGGUGCUGGCGGUGUGGAAGACAAGUGCUUCAUGUGUGGCAUUGGGACCUCACUCCAAAGGAUAGAUCUAAAUGAAGUGCAUGAUGUCUCACAACUGACAUCUGUUGCAAGUGUUUUGGUCUGUAACACCUGCAAAAAUAGGUAUCCGAGUCUUAGUAAAGCUAGAGUGGUGAGGGCAAGAUUAGUGAAAAAGUUGGGGCGUUCCGCUGAACAAGAAACUCUGCACCCUACUAGCUUGCGAUAUCUUGAGAUGAUGAAUAUGACUGAUUACGAUUUUUUGUCUCCAUCUACAAUAGCUUUACUCUGGAAUCAAGAGACUUUUAAACUUUUCUCCAUAUGA